AUGACAGACAACACGCCUGUUUAUUGUUUUACCAUUCCGUCGGUGAACGACGGCACGCUUCUGGAUUGUCGAAUAUACCACCCUGUCUCCCUUCAAGAACCGCAGUCAGCACAGCAACACACGAGAAAAGCUGCCCUAAUCGCACAUCCCUAUGCGCCUCUUGGAGGCUCUAUGGACGAUGCUGUCGUGACGACCGUGGUAGACCAAUUACUUGAUCUCGAUUUCGUCGUCGGAACAUUUAACUUUCGGGGUGCCGCGAACUCUCAUGGUAGUACCAGCUGGUCUGGCAAGGCCGAACGAGAUGACUAUAUCUCGGUCGCCGGACACCUGCUAUUCUACAUGAACCAGAUACACACACCACGGAUCAAGGAUACAACUUCUGCACAGUCUCCCACCGAGAACGAUUCGAAUAUCCCUUCUGAACACAUCAUUCUGAUCCUGGGUGGAUACUCCUAUGGCUCCUUGAUUGUCACGCACCUCCCACCAACUUCAGAGAUUCUGACCAUGUUCCGGGAAACACAAGCGUCAACGUGGACCUCUGAUAUUCUAAAACGGGCUAAGGAGCUGGCUCUACAAACAAACACAUUACUCUCCAAUCAAGCAGAUACUCGAGGUAGAUUACCAGGUUCACCACUACGGAAAAAGCACAAGCGCCAAUCAAGUUCUCAACAUUCAAUCAGCUUGCCUCACGUCUUGACACACUAUCUCUUGAUCUCACCUCUACUACCACCCUUGGCCAGUUUUCUCUCUCUGUCGACGUCGAAUCUGAUGUUCUGGCGCCAUGCUGAUCACAUAGCGCAUAACUUGGUGAGGCAUCCUACAUUGGUCAUUUUUGGCACCAAAGAUGCGUUCACUUCUUCACACAAGAUGGAUGUUUGGUGCAAGAAGAUGAAUGCGUUGUCACUUCAGAAUGCUGGUAUUGAGGGGCAAUCGUGCUUCAAAUGGAAGAAGGUCGAGGGUGCUGGUCACUUUUGGAGAGAGCAUGGAGUGGAAGCGCAAUUGACGGAUAGUCUACGGGGAUGGGUGCACGAAGCAGUCAAACAAUGA